UCUAAAGUUUCCACCAGUAGCUUCAUUUGUUGUGGAGACAACUGCAGUUAACUGACAUAUUGUGAACAUAUUCUCGUUUUAACACAUACAAACAACAUAAAGUACAUAUAUUUAGCUGCUGGUGAAACAGCUUUCUGUAGUCAGGUGUCAUGAUGACCACCAUCGUCCAUGACACCACUGAGGCGGUGUGUCUGUGUCAGGAGUACAACCUGUUCUUGAAACCCAUCGCCAAGAUGACGGUGAGUGUGGCACUGCCCCAGCUGAAGCUGCCUGGGAAGAGCAUCUCUAACUGGGAGGUGAUGGAGAGGUUGAAGGCCAUGGUAGCUCCUGAACAGUUCUCUGCCCUCAGGAUCUCUAAGAGCACCAUGGACUUCAUCCGUUUUGAGAGCGAAGUGGAGAACAGAGGGGUGGUGAAGAUCCUGCUGGCCAAACUGGAUGGGAAGAGCAUCAAACUCAGCGGCUUCACUGACAUACUCAAGGUGCGUGCGGUAGAGAAUAAGAUGGACUUCCCGACACGUUAUGAUUGGGACUCGUUCUUCCGUGACGCCAAGGACAUGAACGAUACUGUUCCAGGAGAGAGGCCAGACACCAUCCACCUGGAGGGCCUGCCCUGUCGCUGGUUUAUCCUGCCUGACGGACCCCCCGACCUGCCCUCCGAGACCGCCCUGCAGGCUGUCUUCCAGGGUUUUGGUCCGGUGCGUCACGUGGACAUCCCCAUGCUGGACCCGUACAGAGAGGAGACUCUUGAUAAGAACUUCAACACCUUCACCUUCGGCGGCCAUCUUAACUUUGAGGCGUAUGUCCAGUACCAGGAUUACGAUGGCUUCGCCAAGGCCAUGGACACACUGAGAGGCAUGAAGCUCAUGUACAAAGGAGAGGACAGCAAGGCUGUGGCCUGCAACAUCAAGGUGACCUUUGACACCAGUAAGCACCUGAGUGACGUGGCUCUGAAGAGACGCCAGCAGGAACGACUGAGAAUACAGGAGCUGGAGAGACAGAGGGAGGAGCAGAAACGCAGAGAGAAGGAGGAGGAGGAACGCAAGGAGGAGGAGAGGAAACACAAAGAGGUGGAGGAGGAGGAAAAGGUGCAGAGGAAAGUGGAGAGGAUACGGAAACGAGAGCAGAAGCUGAGAGAGAGGGAAGAGAAGAGGAACAUAAAGAAGGUGAAGAGGAGGCAGGAGGUGGAGCAGAAGAAGUUGCAGUUGAAGAUCGCGACGGAGGAGAGAAGGCUGUUGUUGGCUCAACGGAACCUGGAGUCUAUACGCCUUAUGGCUGAACUACUGGGCAGGGCCAAGGCUCUGAAACAGCAGCAGCAGGAGAAAGAGAGAGCGGAAAGAGAGGAGCAAGAGAAGGAGGAGUUAGCCAGGCAAAAGGAGGAGUUAGCCCGGCAGAAGCAGCUCGAGGCCUGCAGGCGGGAGCAGGAGGCGGAGCUGAGACGUGUGGAGUUAGAGAAGGGGCGUGCCUUGGAUCUGCAGCGCAGAGAGAGAGAGCUGAGGGAGAGACUGGUUAGUAACCUGCUGAAGAAGGCUGGAAGAAAGGGAGAGAACCAGACUUCCACCACCCAGCCCUCUGCCCUGACCAUGCCCAGGGGAGAGAGCUCCGACCUGGGGAAGACGGCCAGGGCCCUGGGGGUGAACGGGGUUAGACCAAGGGGAGAGGAGAGCCCCGGAGCUACCGUACGAUCACACAUCACUGAGAAACAGAUAGGAGAGAGGGAGGAUAGGCGAGGGGUCAGAGAGGACAGGGAAGGAGGCAUGGGGGAGAGAAGAGGUUACGGGUUGAGAAGCAGAGAGGUGAGGGAGAGGAGUCGGUCCCACAGCCAGGGCAGGAGGUGGUACAGCCGGAGACGCAGCGGUAGCAGGAAAAUAAGAAGCUCUAGUAGAAAGAGGAGUGAUAGUCAGAGGAGAAGGAGAAGUGAUAGCAGACGGAGGAGAAGUGGUAGUUCUAAGAAGAAGAGAAGCUAUAGCAGGGGGAGGAGUGGUAGUUCUAAGAAGAAGAGAAGCUAUAGCAGGGGGAGGAGUGGUAGUUCUAAGAAGAAGAGAAGCUAUAGCAGGGGGAGGAGUGGUAGUUGUAUCCACAGGAGACGCAGUCACCAUGGACGGGGCUGCAGCAGCAGGAGCACAAGCCGUGAUUGGAGCAGAAGCUCUAGUGGGAGGAGCCACAGCAGAGGGAGGAGGACACAUAGACAUAGAGACAGCAGGCACAGAUCUAAUAGCAGCAGCUCUAGGAGUAGAGAGAGGAGCAGCGAGAAAGACAGGAGCAGGGAGAAGGAGAGGAGUGGAGACAGGAGCAGCGAUAGAGACAGGGACUCCAGGAAGCAUAGUAGUAGUUAUUCCAGACGACACUAAAUGGUCAACACAGCCAGAGGAGACAGAAGAGGACCCUAUGCCUGGGCCUAGUUUAAGUAAUGCACGGUCAGGGGGUCUGGUUCUGUAUGCUGCUACACACUGUCUCUGGACCAUAUCAGCUUCUUACAGUCUCCACACACACACACACACACACCUCUUUCUCUCCCUCCCUCCACCAAAUGCUCUUCGUUCAUCUGUAGGUUACAGAAUGCUACACUGCUAUUAUGUUCUGUUUGACACAUGUAGUGUAGAUGCCAUAUGUACUGUAGUUUGAUCACUUGGUUAGUAUGUGUCUCCUUUGAGGAAAGAUAGAAAAAAUACUUACACUUUUUAGGGUCACAUUGAAUGGCCUGUUUUGUGUUUCAGAAUAACAAUAUUACUGGGUUUCUGGGAACUGUGGUUCAGUAUUAGAGCACUUCAGCAGGGAUCUGUAAUCCUAUGGCCAGACACCACACUGUCUCAGUAGAUAGACAGCUGAAGUCUAAGUCAAGUGUUUUCCCCUAGGAUAAAGAGAACGAAGCCAAAGACAAUCAGACAAAAAAAUGUCCAACAGCUUAACCAGACACACGUUUCCGAAUUCCACGUCUAACCACCAGACUAGACAGUAGUUUCAGUUCUCACUUGAUGUCACUAGAACAUAAAGUGGUUCUGUGAGAUUUAAUGAUAUCUGCAGUGUUCUGGUGAGAGAUAAUUUUAGGUGACUCUGUUUUGAAGCACCCACCCCAGACUGAAGCCUAGUGUCACCAUGUUAACUUUUUGAAUGGUGUUCCUGCUAGUUCAAGCCAGGAGCCUGCUUGUCUGUGUACAUUUAAUUUGCCUUAUUGAUGAGUGUGUAAACAGAGCAGAGUGAGUGGGUAACGUUGUAUAUAGGUUGUAUAAAGGUUCAGGGUGUCGUCAAUCUGCUGUAUAUGCUCAUGUUUCUCUGUUCUGAUGGGUGGCUGCAUGUCCUCAACACACUGUCAUUUUAUUUGUUGAAAUAAAGAAACAAC